AAUCCUGGUUGCCUAGGUGAUAGCCGUUAACGGAUAACGCUGGGCAUCCCAGCGCUGGGUGCUUUGGUUCUCUGUCUCCGUACGAAUGUUUGGCCUCAAUGGCGACACUCCAGUUUUGCAAAUUCGCGUAGGGUCUGGAGUACCGAAGAAGAAGGCACCUCUUGUAGGGAGCAUGCAUCGUCCCUUCCCGUGACGCAUCCCUUACACCGAAAGAGGCCGGAGUGCAGAAGCGCGAUCAACUGAGGCACUCCCGCCCCUCCCCCAUCGGAGCGCCAGGCUCCCCCUCAGCCCUCCCCGCACUCCCGAAGCUCUUCGGGCAGUGACCGGACCGCAUUGGAGGGGGCGACACUCCGGCGUCCGCCUCUUCACCCCGCUCUCUCCCGGCGCUGAGGGCAGGGGGACAGCGGCUCUUGGGCUGGACGCGGGGAGGAGAUGCCGGGCAUGGGGCCGCAGUCCGACUGGAUCGAGUGCAGCUCUUCCGCAGAGCCGCCCGAAGCGGCCCGGACCGAGGGUGGCGGCGGGUGAGCACGACAUUCUUUUUGCCAGAAGUCUAAAGGUACUGAGAGACUCAAAGAUGGACACAAGGUGGACUCACACACAGCCACACUGCAAGAGUUCUGGAAAACUCCUCAAAUUCAAGCAAUUCACAUCCCUAAAUCAAUGAAGGAUACAUCCUUUCGGAAGCAUCCCGACCUCACCAUCGGCCAGAAGCGCUAUCUGUGCAGCAUCGCUAAGCUCUACAACGCCAGCUACCUGAGGACAUUAAUGAAGAGGCAGUACAUGCAUGUGAUUCGGCACAGCUCCCAGAAGCCAGGUGUCCUCACUCACCACAGGAGCCGCCUCAGCUCAUGUUACUCCCAGAGGCAGCAUUAUCCUUGCACCACAUGGCGACACCAACUGGAAAGAGAAGAGUUGGGGCCAUCCAGCAUCUCCAUGGCCUGUGCACCUGAAAUGAUCAUACCCCAUUUCCUUUGGCGACCAGUGAGAAACAAAGACGGGUUAAAAACUGGGUAUGCAGCCAAAACAAGAUGUAAGUCACUGAAGAUCAUUAGAAGACCAAGCAGACCGUUCAUGCAACCAGCUUCUACAAAUGAUUUGGAAUCAUGUAUGAUUGAAGAAAAAAAGGAAGACGAUUUACUAAAUAAGUGUAUGCAAUCAAUGUCAAUUGAAGAACAAGGAGAACAUCUGAUGUUGACUUGACAUUGUUUUGAAUUUAAACACCAACUUCAUCCAGACAAUGUGCCAAAGGUGGGGGGAGGGGUUGUGAAUUGUGUCCUCAGUUUAGAAUGGUGUUAUUUACCAUGAGGUCAUUAAGAAAUUUGUUUGAAAAAAAAGUGUUCAGAACCUUUUACAGCAAUGUAAUUGGUUUGAUGUAGUUCACUGUGCCUGUGGUAGCUGUGUAAUAAACUUAAAAUGUGCUUGUCUUUCUAGUUUGCCACUAUUCAAUUUUUUCUUGCCAUUAAACUGGAGUUAUUUUCUCUCAGAUUAACGAA